UCGACGUACAAAGAAACCAACCAAUCAGUGCCUAAAGAUAAUUGUCUUUGUACCUCCCAAAACAAUGGCUUCAAUGGCAACUACUGCUUUUCUUUUGGCCCUCAACCUUCUUUUCUUCACAUUGGUCAGUUCAACUUACUGCCCACCACCACCAAAACCAAAGCCCUGUAAGGCCUGCCCCUCUCCAUCGAAGCCCUCUCCAUCUCCAUCGAAGCCCUCACCAUCUCCAUCAAAGCCCUCUCCAUCUCCAUCAAAGCCCUCUCCAGCAGGCCCUGGCUCUAAGAGUAGUUGCCCAAAGGACACCCUUAAGUUGGGGGUGUGUGCUGAUUUGUUAAAUGGACUACUAAACAUUGUUGUGGGAACCCCAUCAGCCACCCCAUGCUGCUCCCUUAUCCAAGGCCUUGCUGAUCUUGAUGCUGCCGUUUGCCUUUGCACUGCUAUUAAGGCCAACGUUUUGGGAAUCAACCUUAAUGUCCCUGUCUCAUUGAGCUUGCUCUUGAACUACUGUGGCAAGAAGUCCCCUAAAGGCUUCAAAUGUGUAUAAGUUCUUGGUAUUCACUACUAUAUAUUGUAUUAUUUAUGUGUUUGAUUUGGUUUGAUAUAAUCCUUUUCACAAGAUCAUAUGUUCCAUGAUCAUAUGUAAUGUUUUCUUUUUCUUUCUUAAACAUCCACAACUUCAAAUGUGUCAACCAUGGGCGGCUGUGUGAUCGUGUUUACGAUCGUCAUCUAUGGCUUUCCUCUAAAUGUUGUUACACCCCUUUGUUGAUUUGAUUGAAGUGUGUUAUUGCUUACGUCAUUGUCUUCUUUUAUCAAUUUAGUGUUUUCAAUGGAACAAAUAAAUAAAUUACAGGAUUUGUUACGGGAUA